AUGAGACGGGCCAUUUCUGUGGAUGGAACAUUUCUUAAAUCUAAAUUUCGAGGUAUGUUACUUGUUGCCACGUGUCAAGAUGCAAAUCUUCAGAUAUAUCCUCUUGCAUUUGGCAUUGUUGAUUCCGAAAAUGACGCAUCGUGGACUUGGUUCUUCAAUAAGUUGUUUCAGAUAUUAGGUAUGUUGGAAGGGCUUGUUUUUAUUUCUGAUCGCAAGGAUAGCAUUCAUAAAACUAUAAAGAUUGUUUAUCCUAAUGCACAUCAUGGAUGCUGCAUGUGGCAUCUACAACUAAACAUAAAGUCUAAUUAUCAUAGGAUCGAUAUUCUGCCGUUUUUCAUGGCAAUAGCAAAGGAGUAUAGUUUGAUUAGUUUUGAAAAAUCAAUGGCAAACCUAUAUCGUAAAAGUUCGGCAGUUGGAGAAUACCUAGAAAAGAAAGUUGGGUAUAAAUUUUGA